GACACGUGCUGCGCGCUGUUGGUUAAUGCGCGAACUCGCACGUUCUGCAACAUUCGCUUCUCAAACCACAAACUCUGAGGCCUGCAUCGCUGCGGAGACUGAACAACAACCCGGUGACUGGUCUUUGUCCUGAGGCUCCUAACAGCUGCUGUAGGUCGUCCCGCCCAUAAACAUGUCGGCAAGCGAAGUCCCUGACACCCCGGUGGAGGUCCUUGUGGAUCUGCUCACUAAGGCCAGUGAGCUAGCUGCAUCAAGUGGUAAUGUUCCCGAAGAGCUGACACGUCACUUGCAGAAGGCUCUGGACAUCGCCAGUGGUCUGGAUGACUACCUGGAGAAAAUGACCACACAGGAGAGUGGACCUCUGGCAGAGCUGUUUAAGGAAACAAUAUCUCAUGACUGGGAUAAAGUGCACAAGGAGGGUAAAACCAAGUUCCGGCUUCCCAAAGAGUGCAUCACUGGACAUGUGGAAGGUCAGACCCUGAAGAUGCUUAUUCACAUGAGUCAAGCCAAGAAGGUGCUAGAGAUCGGGAUGUUCACUGGCUACGGAGCCCUGUCCAUGGCCGAGGGGCUUCCUGACAACGGCCACUUAGUCGCUUGCGAGUUAGAGCCUUACCUGAAGGAGUUUGCUCUGCCCUUUUUUGACAAGUCCCCACAUGGCAAGAAAAUUACUGUCAAAACUGGAUCUGCCAUGGACACUCUGCAGGAACUGGCAGCUGCAGGUGAGCAGUUUGACAUGAUCUUCAUUGAUGCUGACAAGAAUAACUACAUCAACUACUACAACUUCAUCCUGGACAACAACCUGCUGAAACUACGAGGCGUCAUAUGUGUAGACAACACUCUGUUCAAAGCAAAGGUUUAUCUUAAAGACUCCACCGACGCCAACGGGCUGGCCCUUCGAGAAUUCAACCAUUUUGUCUCGAGUGAUCCACGUGUGGAACAGGUCAUCAUCCCCCUCAGAGACGGCAUCAGUAUAAUCCGACGGGUGUCUGUGGCUUCUGAAUGCUCAAGGACACAGCGUAAAGUAACGGAUGAUGAGGUUUUCCGUGGGGUCAAGGGGCAGUCCAUCCUCGACCGGAUGCGUCUCGAUGGAAAGGUGGCCUAUGUGACAGGUGCUGGUCAGGGGAUAGGCCGAGCAUUUGCUCACGCCCUGGGGGAGGCUGGUGCGAAGGUGGCUGUCGUGGACAUGGACAAAGUUAAAGCUGAGACUGUGGCCGAAGAACUGUCCCUGAAAGGUAUCCAUGCCAUUUCAAUCACAGCUGACAUAAGCAAAUCUGAUGACGUCCAGAAGAUGAGUGACAUCAUCGUCUCCAAAUGGGGAGCGAUCCACAUCGGCUGUAACAACGCCGGCAUCAACAUGAACUCAGCCAGUGAAGACACCAGUUUGGAGGAGUGGGACCAAACGUUUAACGUCAACCUGAGGGGGACGUUCAUGUGCUGUCAGGCGGCAGGUCGAGUGAUGUUGAAGCAAGGAUACGGCAAGAUUAUCAACACAGCCUCCAUGGCCAGUCUAAUAGUCCCUCAUCCUCAGAAGCAGCUCUCCUACAACACGUCCAAGGCCGGAGUGGUUAAACUGACUCAGACUCUGGGCACCGAAUGGAUCGACCGAGGAGUGCGUGUCAACUGCAUCUCACCGGGGAUCGUUGACACCCCUCUCAUCCAGUCGGAGAGUCUGAGGCCUCUGGUGCAGCGCUGGCUGUCAGAUAUCCCUGCUGGUAGACUGGCUCAAGUGACAGACCUGCAAGCCGCAGUGGUCUACUUGGCAUCUGAUGCCUCCGACUACAUGACAGGGCAUAACUUAGUCAUAGAGGGUGGGCAAAGUCUGUGGUAGAGGAGGGAGACGGAAACUUUGUUCCUCACUCACCUGGGAUCAGUUUCAGAAAAGGAGCACCAUUUUAUGCCCAUAUCAGUAUUAAAUUACACAUUUGACCAAUUUCAAAAAGAGUAAUGUUACUGGAUGUUUAGUUGUCGUUCAGCUCUGAUCUAUGUACGACAGGUCUAAUCCUGUAUACGUUCAGUUUGAUGUCACGACUGUUAUAAAUGUGUCAAACGUAACUUGUAUGUUAUGGAAAAAACAGUGUCAGUAAGUUGAAAAUCAAAGUGUAACUAUUGAGAAAUAAAAUGGUGCAACAAACA